AUGGCCUCGGAACCACUUGUAAAACACAUCUACACGGCCGACCCUUCGGCCCACGUCUUCAACAACAAGUUGUACAUUUACCCGUCGCACGACCGCGAAACAGACAUCGCCUUCAACGACAAUGGCGACCAAUACGACAUGAACGACUACCACAAAGAUGUCCCUUGGGUAUCGAAACAGCUCUGGGCGCCCGACGCAGCGCACAAGAACGGGAAAUACUAUUUGGUGUUUCCGGCACGAGACCAGGACGGCAUCUUUCGGAUUGGCGUAGCUUCCUCUGCGCAGCCGGAGGGUCCGUUCAAGGCCGAGGAGAACUAUCUUCAGGGCAGCUAUAGUAUCGACCCUGCCGUGUUUGUCGAUGACGGCGAACAGGGAGAUGGGGAGGCGUAUCUCUAUUUCGGUGGCAUUUGGGGUGGGCAGCUCCAGUGCUGGGUUGAGCCCUCCAUCCUCAACAAGAAAGAGGGCGAGAAUGAGCUGAACUCUCUUGUCUUUGACGCCAGCCGCUCCGGGCCCCAGGAACCAUCCGGCAAGGGAACACUCGCGCUUGGUCCGCGCGUCGCAAGGCUAAGCGAAGACAUGCUCUCGCUUGCCGAACCGGUGCGCGAAAUCCACAUUCUCGAUCCGGAAACAGGCGAGCCCCUCGAGGCAGAUGAUCACGCCCGCCGCUUUUUCGAGGCGGCCUGGCUGCAUCGCUAUAACGGGACCUACUAUUUCUCUUACUCAACGGGAGAUACGCACUACUUGGCUUAUGCGACGGGGUCGUCGCCUUAUGGGCCGUUUACCUAUCGUGGACGCAUUCUGGAGCCUGUGCUCGGCUGGACGACGCAUCAUUCUAUUGCAGAGUUCCAGGGGAAGUGGUGGCUUUUCUAUCAUGACUGUGAACUGUCCAAGGGCGUGGAUCAUCUUCGGUCCGUGAAGAUGAGGGAGAUCGUUUAUGAUAAGGAGGGGGCUAUUCGUCUUGCUUGA